ACCUUCCCUUCCCUUCCCUUUACUAUUUUCUGUCCAAACAAGGGCUAACACUUAACACUUGAAACCACCUCCGAUUUCCCUCACCAAAUCAAUUCAUCUUCUUCCCCUUGAUUUUCCUCAUCCCUUUCUCCUUCCAGAUCUGGUUGUUCAUCGCCCAUCACUUGCUCGCCUAACAGAUUCAGGAACACCACAAAUCAAAUCUCAAAGUCCACCCCAAUCCGCCGGAAUACGGCUCGAGUGGAUGGUGCUAGGCUACGCUACCGGUGUUGACUAUCAUGGUGCUCCUCUAAUGAUUUCUCCAGGAGAGAGAAAGAGAUUUGCAGGGAACACCAAGUUGGGGCAAAUUUGAGCUUCCAAUUUUACCAGAUCCCCUUUUGAGCUUUCCUUUAGCCUCUUUCGAAGUUCUCGGUUGACUGCUCCACUUCAUUCAUCUCCUCUCUGUUUUCGUUAUUCGCUGCCAAAGCCAAACAAUUUCCGCCUUAGAUGUUUCAUUUAUACCAUUGAAAUAACUGAUCAUGUUCCCUUCCUCUCCAUCAUAGCUCCCUGCAAAGACUUAUGGUGGAGAGUGCACUACAAAUUCAAGAGACUGUCUGUUCUAUCAUAUGCGUAGAAUAUGUUUCAUGUAUUAUUUUCUGUUUGAAUGGUGGGUUUUGUUCCUUUUUAUUUUUGGAUAGCUCCAGGUUUUUAAAAUUAAAAUCUUCAUUCUUCUUCAUUAGGCAGAGGAACACCUGGAGAUAAUGGGCAAAAUAGCAAUGAAAGAGGAAAAAAGCAAUGGGUUAUGGCCCAAUGGAAAAUUCAAAUUAGGAGGAUGAGGGUAGUGGAUCUGGAAGAUGAUAAUGGUUGCUUUAGAUGCAUGGUUACUUUGUUUUUUAUUUUAUUUUAUUUUAUUUUAUUUUUGUAUUCAUUUCCAUUUUCCCUUGCAACAAUUAUUUAUUUAUUUAUUUAUUUUAGUUCUACUUUUUAGCUGGUCGCAUUUGCGGAGAUUUGAGAAAUUUUUUUUUUUUUUACUGUCUCAUUUCUUUUGCUAACUAUCUCACAACUUUUUACACGAAGAUCUCCUUUUUUUUAACCUUUUCUUCUAGAUAUUUUGAAAAUUGUACCUGUUUUCUUUCCAGAUGUAGGUGUUCUGGGUUUUUAUCUUGCUUUUAUGAUUGUUUAUUUUGUAGUUUUUUUUCUAACUUUUAUUGUCAAGU